AUGCACACACAGAUUCAAAGAAAGAAUACAAGAAAAUACACUAUUGCAACAGCGUGCUGCCUACUAGGAAAUGCAUAUCUUCAGGUAGUCAGUGCUACAGGCCCAGCUCUGGAUGCAAAUGUUAAUGUUAUUUCUUCAGAACCUGAUUAUAAUGAAAUUGCAAAUGAAUUAACUAACAACUCAAAUAUAGCACAGAACCUACUCUCUGCCUUCAUGCAGGUGCAUGCAGACCUAAAGGAGAAGAAUAAUCUGACACAGCAGCUGUCGCAGCAGAUUGCAGACACUCCUGCAUACGCCAUAGGAGCCCAGCCACAGCAGCAGCCAGUCCAACAGCCCAUUGUCUAUGUCACUAGAGAGCAGCCAAAUGUAUACAACGAUGUGGAGCCAGAAGAAAGUUAUUCUAGAAGACGAACAUCCAGGUCAAGAUCAAGAAAUGUGCUUCGAGACCAUGAAAUUGUGAAAAACUCCUUAGCCACACUUACCGGGGGAUUCCUAAGGGGCGAUACAGACUGCAGGUUAUGCUGCAGCUGCACACAGAAGGCAAUUGGCAAUGUAACAGGCCGUUCAAGCUCUGGCAGACAGUGCAACAAGUACAUCCUAGAUGAAAUUGAGAGAGUUCUAGAUGCGCACUUUGGAGACCAGGAGAAGGUUGAUGGCGUGCAAAAAGUGUCUUCUCUUCUAAAUGGGCUAUUUGCCCAGCAGGCUCCGUCAGAGUACAGUAUCACAGACAUAGCAAAAAGAAUCAGCAAAAUUCCAGCAAAGCACCAGGAGGUGAAAAUGUACCUUGUAGUUCUCCUAGACUCCAUUCUAAUGGACCUGUGCAACAGCUACAACUGCCUUGUGUGCCGUGCACUCUACAAGCACGAGGGAUUCCUUGUGUACCGGGUUAUUAGAGCUCUAAGCCUUCACACCCCAGAUGCAAUGGCUAGAGGCACCGCAGGAAUAGGAAGAAUCACGAAUACGCUGAGCUCUACAGAGGAAGUGAGUCGUCUUGUACACACUCUUGAGAACGUUCUUACUCUGACAAAUCUUAACAGCAGUCUCUUUGACAACUUUAAGAGCUCGCUUGGUAACAUCAACCCUAUGCGAGCAGAAUCCUUUUCAAACAAAGUAAGCGAGCUUUCUAAUAUUCUUCUGAAUAUGCUGGGUAUAACCAUUGUUUUGGAGAGAUCAACACUAAUGUACCGAUUUAUGCUGCAUGGCAAAAAAACAGUCACAAUACCAAGCUCGUACAAUGUAGACAACAGCAAUCUUUACAAUAUGCUAAGAACAACAAGAGUGGAUCCAAAUAAUGUUUUAAGAGUUGUGAGAACAACAGGCGAAAAUAACAUAGGCCUGCAGAAUGGGUUUCUUCAGUCUCUGAAGAAAAGUGGGCUGGAUUUUCUCCAGCCAUCUGAUGCAGAGAUAAGAAUUACACAAACAAUUCCCAUUAGUAUAGCAGCCCAGCAAAUUGGUGUGCCAGCUGCCUCUGUUCAUCCCCAGGGCGUAGUCUAUUCAUCGCCUGCAAAUGACAAUCCAGACUGCCAAAAGAAAACUAAAAUAUCUGGAAUGGCAAAGGAAAUUGCGUCUUUAAUAGACACCUCUUCUGCAGUAACAUCUUCUUCGCCAAAGAAGGGAAUUCUGAAAAGAUCUGUGCGGUUUGAGAAUUCGCCUUCUAUUCCAGCACCCACCAUGAAAGCUUCUCCGUGCCAGAAAAGCGCAGGACACUCAACAUGUGCGUCUGGUUUGGCAGCUAAAAUGCAGCCAUUAAUACAGCAGGCAUUUAUCCCCAUUGGAAAUGAUUUUAUGUACAGUGACGAUGUAUCUGUUCCUAUUGUUGACUUUAGCCAAUCCAGCAAUACGCAGCAGUUUGUUCCCUACUAUGCAGAGCAAAUAAAUGGCUUCCAACCAGCGCAGGGAGCUCCUAUUAGACAGCAAAGAGCAGCACCUGUUCUUAAUCCUACAAGAAUCAACCCACCUAGGAUAAAUAACAACUCAUACGGGCUACACUAA